AUUCACUCCCACCUCUCAUUAGUUCUUCUAACCCUUGUAUCAUUAUCUCUGCAUGUUUCCCCCUUGGGUCUACCAAAGGAGCCCUCGGCAGACGUCAAGCUGGAGACUGGAGCAGGAAAGAAGAGCAAGAAGGCCGAGGAGGAGGAGGAGCAGCCUGCAGCACCUCCUGCAGCAGCAGCAGCAGCAGAGGAGGAGGAAGAGGAGGAGUAUGUGGUGGAGAAGGUUUUGGACCGUAGAGUGGUGAAGGGAAGAGUGGAGUUUCUGCUGAAAUGGAAGGGGUUCUCAGAUGAGGAUAACACAUGGGAGCCACAAGACAACCUGGACUGCCCCGACCUUAUCGCAGAGUACAUGCAGAAACACGGGGAGAAAAAGAAGGAGGGGAAGAGGAAAGUUGUCAGUGAGACCUCGGGAGACUCAGAGGAGCGAGGGAGCAAGAGGAAGAAGGAGGAGGUGA